AAAAGAAGAACGUCUUAAAAUUAGCCAUUGGUGUGAAGAAUUAAUUUUUAUUUGUUUCUGAUCAUUCAUUAUUGUGAAAUCGUUUUCGUGAGUUAGUAUCGGGAAAUAAAUCGUACGUUUGUCUAUUAACAUGGCUGCAAAUAGUGGUGGCGUGGAAUGGGCAUCAAUUGUGAAACCUAUUUUGGCUGCUUCGUAUGGAUCGUUCAAUAAAAAUGACGUGUAUGAAUUAGCGAAAGCUAUCAUUGCGAGCGAGGCCGAACUAGCGAAGCAUGAUGAUGAGUACGAGACCUUCUACACAGCGUUUGCAGCGCUGGCUGCAGAUUAUAUCAGCUCCAGUGCAGAUGCUAUCCCCAAGCCGCAGAUCGGCGCGGUGUGCCAGGCGUGCCGCGUGCUCAUGCAGUACCUGCUGGCGCGGCUGCGGGCGCAGAGCGGCGCGGAGGCGGUGGCCCCCCCGCUCUCCACCAAGCAGCUGCUGCUGCCCAUCGAGGCGUUGUGCAGCGCCGAGGGCAUGCUGCCCCGGGCCGACCAGGUCGCCCUCACCGCCGUCAUGAAGAACGCCAAGCUGCCGCCGCACAUCCGGACCAGCGCGCCUGGUGAAAAAGAGGCGGCCAGUAAAGAACCGAAGCGACCACGCAUCAAUCUUUCGGCUUCCAUCUUGGAACAGAUGUCCACGCCCCUUCACGACUUUGCAUCCCCAAUACAGCCAUCGAGCGAGUUGCAACCCACAACUCCAGGAAAGCAGUCGGAAUCAAACAAUCUCAAUGAUGCUGUGGAUCAUGGCCAGGAGUUGGAGAACUUAUUCAUUCAGAAGAAUGUGGCUAGCCUUCAGGCCCUGAAAGCUGGUGAUUUUCUCCUCGACAUGUGUUUAAACCUACCCUUCUUGAAUCGAUACAUUCACAAAUACGAAGAUGCAGUUUCCAAGAAAGGUUUUAGUUUACCAUCGUCACAUUCAGAGGCUAUUUUAGUGCGACACAGCCUUCAGGUUCUCGUCAAUGAUGUAAGCCUCACUCUGAACGCUCUGUAUUUGCCUGUCUUUGAGCCUCUGACUCCGGAAAGGCUGGAAAAACUUUGCACUCUGACGAUGUCCUGCCUGUACUGCGCUAUAUCGGUCGCAACAGCCAGCAGCAUCCUCGUGAUUUCCUGCGCGGCCACUCCCAAAACGAUCGGGGCCACAUCAGGAACAGGUCAGUCAAAAGUAUCUGAAGAAGAAAGCAGUGCGGACAAUAAUGCAAUCACAGUUGUGGAGAAAGCUUUGCAGAUUCUUUCGUUAGUUGGUGAUGUCAUCAAGAAGUCAACACGAGCAGGUGGUCAGGUUCUCCAGAACCAUCUGUUGAUCGGAACGUGGGUCCUUAUCACCGGCCUGCAGACUCAGCUAUCUGCCUCGAGCGUCCUGGCGGCGGAGAAAGGGAAAGACGAGAAGGGCAAGUCCCCCAGUAAGGCUCGAGAGGGGUCGAGCCGAAUCAACCUCAUCAAAGUUCAGCAAGGGUUCGGGGUGCUGUCGGUGGCGCUGGCGAGCCGGGCGCUGGGCAUGAUGGCGGCCCUGCUCGACGACCUGCAGGUGGAGAGCGUGAGCGGCGCCCAGGCGGGGCCCGGCCCCGAGCCCGAGCCGGCCCCGCUGCGCAUCUCGGGCCAGGCCUCGGCCCUCCGGCGGGCCGCGAGGUUCCUGGGCGCCGCGCCGCUCAACCAGCUGCUCUUCUACCUGGCCACCGUCAGCUACAGGAAGGCAUGCACUCUAAAAAGAAUCCAAAAACAUCCACCUGAAGGAGACACCUUCAGUACCUCAGACUCCACAACGUAUUUUGAGGAUGAUUUCAGCUGUUCAGAUGAGAGCUCUGGUGAUGAUGAGUUUCAUGAGAUUUACUUGUGUUCCAAUGAAAUCUCAGAUGAUGACAGCGAGCCCAUACUGGGUCUUUGGUUCGAGGAAACCCUCGCUCCUCCGGAGACACCUUCUGGGACUCAGAGCUCUCAGGCCAAUGGGGAGAAUGUUGAAGGAAACGGAAAACAGCAGACUCGGAGAGCGGGCUCAAUUGUGCCAGAGAAAGGAGAACCUGAUGGGUACAUUCUAUUGGCAUCAGAGAUAUUUCAGUUCAUGGAUAAGUACUUUUUGAACAGUGAAUCACCUUAUGUGAUGCGAUACGUACAAACAGGCUUAGCAGAGCAACAGAUAGUAAUCUUGGCAGCCAUCAUCCGUGACCUGGACCGCGAGACUGCACGGACAGAAACAGGCACAAUAUCAGUCUAUUUCGGAGCCAAGCUGCGGGGCCUGUACGCGUCGUUCUCCCGGUCGCUGACGCGCUACACCCACAACCUGCUGGCCCGGAACGUCCUGGCGGAGGGGCUCCAGAGCACGAUGCUGGGCUACCUGUUCGUGAGCCCCUGGUCGCACGACACCACCUGGCCCCUGCAGGUGUACCCCCGCACCUUGGCCGUGCUGGCACAGGUCUUGUUGCUGAAACCGUCAAUUGAAAAAGAAUCUGCCAUAAUCAAUAUUUGGCACCGUCUUUUGAAUACGCUUGUUGAUAAUGUGCGAAAUCCACCAAACUCUUUUGAAGUUGAAAAUGAAGACCUGAACGUGGAGCACGCGCAGCUGCUGCUGUUCCUGUUCCACUCGCUGAACCUGAUGCAGAAGAAGUCGGUGAUCCUGCUGACGGCGGACGGGGUGGUUCAGUGCUCCGGCGCGGUGAAGGCUGCCAUGAAGGACUCUCAGCUGCUGCACCUGUCGCGGCUGCUGCUGCUGCUCGACUACCUCGUGAGGCACCUGUACGAUCCGCCCACCGCGCUGCUCGAGCAGGUCCAGUGGAACCUGUUCAGUGCUCCAGCAAUGACUGAGGACAGCACUGACAACAAAGAUGCUGACAAUGUGGCCUCAUGCCUGUACUGCGUGUGGAAGGACAUUGAGGACAAUUACCGCAAAUUUGGACCACAGGAUGAGUUCUCCAUGAGGCCCAAGUUUUACAGUCUCACUACAACUGAAGUGAACAACCAAGAAUUCCCGAAAUUGGAUGGACUGGCGUGCAACUUCAUCCUUGGCACAGCAGACAAACUGAAGUAUCCUUUACUCCUUGAUGCACUUAUAGACAUUUUAAACGUCACGAACCAGUGUGGACCUAGCUUCAAACGAUCGGAGAAACUGAGCUUCACUGCUUUGUGCACCGUCCAGUACUGCUUUACCAUCUGUUGGAGGUUGCUGCUGUUGGUUCCUCCGUCCACUCCCUACCUCGACAACUUGGCCCUCGGUCAGGAGAUAACUGCCCCAGCAACGCUGCUCCACUCUCUGGUGUGGGGCCCGCGCUCUGCCAGCAAGACGUUCAACAAUUGGAUGAAGGAUUGUCUGGUGAAACAAGGAAUGUAUACUCAGUACGCAGAGACUUUGUUGAAGAAUGUUGCGAAAGUUGUAAACAACAUCCAAUAUGACAUCAGUGUUGCAAAAAAUGUGAUUUCACAUAUUCUACCUGAGGUCAUGAAAAUUGACUGUCUAGUUUCGGUGGAGGACUUCCCUGAGCCAUCUGCCUUGUACACGCUCGAUGCAGUGAUGUGGAAGAUUCAGGUGCAGCUGGAUGAGGCAGCUGCCAAGCCGGCCCCUGAAGCUGCAGAGGCAACCAACGUUGGUGAGGAGACACCGCCCGUCGCAGACUUGGCUAAGCAGCUUUUGGAUCCAGUGCUGCAGGUCACACAGUUCUUGGUGUCGUGUGUCAGAUCAAGCUUACUGUACCAGAUGAGCGACAGCUCUGAACCAGCUGGCAAGUCCACAGUGCAGCACUACCAAGCCUUUAAGGACAUUGUGGCUGUGCUGUCGAGGUCCUUGCCGAAGACAAACAUGCUGGCUACGUCUCUCAUAUCCUUGCUGCCUGCUGGAAUGCGCUCGGUUUUGGGCAAGUGGAGCGAAAUAGAGUUGACCAAUGUGCCUCUGAACACCUAUUCGAACGAUGUAAUACCAGCUGAGAGCUAUCUUCUGAACGUUGUCAACACACAUAUCUCAUCACUGUCUAACUCUGGAAGCUUCAGUGUUAACCCUUCUCUGAAGUACUUGCUGCAAACGCUAGUGACAUUUAUUGGAGACCAUGUUAUGAAGUGCGACGAGGACUCGGAAGUGCGUCGGAAGGCGGUUGACGUGUUGGUACCACUGACCCUGGACGCCUGCACAGAGUACUUGCACGACAACAUCCAGCAGACGCUGGAGAAGCUGAUUGGUGACCCGGAGGGUGACGAGCACCAGAAGAGGGUCUACUGCAUCGUGCUAGACCACACCUACCAGCUGCUGCGAUGCUUCACAGCCCAGAACUCGUCUCGCGCUCUGGAGGCGUUUGACGAGAAAGUGGUGCUGGAGUUCCUGAAGUUCAUGGAGUCGCUGCUGGACAAGCCGGCGGGCCGCCUGGCGCUGGACCAGUUCUUCAAUGAGGAGACGAACCGGGACCUGGUGGAGGUUCUGCUGUCGGUGUCCUCUCCGCAGGGCUCCCUGUCCACCCAGUACAGCACCCGGGUGCUGCGCUUCUUCAACAAGCUCUUCAGCACAGCAGAAAAGACGGCCGGGGACGCGAGCCUGACGCGGCUCUGCGGCUCGCUGUCGCGGCUGGCCACGGUCGAGCCGGACCUGCUCCGUGGCUGGCUCCGCCACGUGAUCCUGGGGGGAGCAUCUCCCCCGGGCUCGGGCCCCCAGACCCCGUCCCCGGCGGCCGCCUCCCCUGGUCCCCCGAGCGAGGCAGGCAAGCGCGGCGUGGACCCGGCGGCCGCCCACACGGCGUCCUCCGAGUCGAACAGCAGCGGCCACAGCCCGACGGAGGAGCAGCAGAGCUUGCUGCAGGAGAACCACCUACUGUUGCAGGGCCUCACGGCGUACCUCGUCAAGGAGAACAGCAACGUGAGCGAGGAUGUGGCAGUGACCAUUCUCCGUGCCCUGAUACCAAUAGGCAGCAUGAUCCUCUCGCCGCCUGUCGAAGGAGCAGGGUUCUCAGAGCUGUUGGUGGUCAUGGCAACACUGGCAGAUGCUGGCUCAGGGAAGGGCCACAUCCACCUGUUCUCUGCUGCCACUGAAUGGCUUGAUAUGAGCAAGCAGUAUCUGAGCCAGCGGGAAGUACUGGAGAAGCUGGAGGCCGGCCAGAUGUCGGCCAAGCACCGGGUGAUGGUGGAUGCAGCGUGCCAUCUGCUGAACUACGUGGGCGACGUGGUGGCAGCCCUGAGUCCGUCCGUGCCCGGGCGAGCCACCUCGCCCCCGUGGGAAGGGGAGGCCCCGCCCGACCACCUCGACUCUGAUUGGGUGGACGACCUGGGGCAGGAGGACGACGAGAGUGGCGGGGAAGAUUCGGAUGAAGACAGCCUGUGCAACAAGCUGUGUACAUUCACCGUGACCCAGCGAGAGUUCAUGAACCAGCACUGGUACCACUGCCACACCUGCAAGAUGGUGGAUGGUGUUGGUGUGUGCACAGUUUGCGCACGGGUUUGCCACAGAGGGCAUGAUAUUACCUAUGCCAAGUAUGGCAACUUCUUCUGUGACUGUGGUGCCAAGGAUGAUGGUUCUUGUCAGGCUCUCGUGAAGCGCAGUCCACAAGCUUCAGCUGACCAGCAGAAUUUGAACACGACACAGACACACUCGUCUACCAGCCAAGGAAACUUUGGCACAGAGCCGAUGUUACCCAGCCUUCUGCGUCGGAGGGCUUCUUCACCUGUUAACAUUGAACCUGGCGAUAAGGAGGCCAAGGAUAAAAAGAGGCGCGCUGCUUUCGUGAAGCAUCUAGAGAGCUUCAGGGACACCUUGUCGGCCCGUGUGUCGAGCAGCUGUGUCGUGUCGUCCCUGCUGGAGCUGCUGAAAGCUUUGGUGCCCUGCGUGGAAGCCUCUUGCAGGCUGAACAGUCCCGUCGGCUGCCACGCCCGGGCGCAGAAGGCCCUCGUCCAGCUUCACGCCUUGGAGAAGAAGUUCGAGCACACAGACCAGCUCAUGGUAAAGGUGCCAACACUGGGAUCCCAGGAAGGAGCGUUUGAAAACGUGCGUAUGAACUACUCUGGUGAUCAGGGCCAGACCAUUCGACAGCUCCUGUCUGCUCACAUGAUCCGCCGCGUGGCUAUGUGCUGCUUGUCUUCUCCUCAUGGCAAGAGACAACAUCUCGCUGUCUCUCAUGAGAAGGGGAAGAUCACAGUUUUACAGCUGAGUGCGCUUUUGAAGCAAGCCGACUCAUCCAAGCGCAAGCUCACUCUCACGCGACUUGCCUCUGCCCCAAUACCUUUCACAGUGCUGUCAAUCACAGGAAACCAGUGGAAUGAGGAUUUCUUGGCUGUUUGUGGCCUGAAGGACUGCCACGUGCUGACCUUCAGCAGCAGCGGCUCCGUGGCGGACCACCUGGUGCUGCACCCCCAGCUCGAGACGGGCAACUUCAUCAUCCGCGCCAUCUGGCUGCCGGGCUCGCAGACCCAGCUGGCCCUCGUCACCGCCGACUUCGUCAAGAUCUACGACCUGGGCGCGGACGCGCUCAGCCCGCAGUACUUCUUCCUCGUGCCGAGCGGCAAGAUACGCGACUGCACCUUCGUGUGCACUGAGGAUGGUGGCUCGCAUUUGCUGCUGAUGUCGUCAGCUGGGUACAUCUACAGCCAGGCAUUGGUGGAAUGCAGUUCCGCCGAGCAUGGUCCAUUCUACGUCACCAACACUUUGGACGUGUACCACGCUGACAUCAAGGACUCGAUGGGACAAGUCGGCGGUGGAGGGGUGUCGAUAUACUACUCCCACACGCUGCAGCUGCUGUUCUUCAGCUACAGCCAGGGCAAGAGCUUCGUGGCUCCCCUGAAGAACAUGGACGCCGGCCUGGGCCCGGUGUUCCCCAUCAACCUGGGCAAGACGGGUGGCAACGGCGUGAGCAAGGCCAACAACGCCCAGCCGCAGCCGCUGUGUCAGUGGAGCGAGGUGCCCAACCACCCAGGACUCGUGUGCAGUGUCAUGCAGAGCAGUAACAACCCAGUCAUACUUAUGCUGACCCCUGAAACCAUCUUGGUCCAGGAGAUCAAGGUGGUGCCAGCGAAAGCCAAGACCAUGGACAUGGUUGCCAUCCGACACCCUUCUUCCAAUGCAGACCAUCGCACAACUCUCAUCUUGCUGUGCGAAGAUGGCAGCUUGAGGAUUUACAUGGCCUCCAUGGAGCACACUGGUUUCUGGCUGUCUGCGAGCAUCCAGCCUGUUAGCACCAUGAUUCCUGUCAGCAAACCCACAAAAAAGAAGAAAGUUGCAAAGCCGGGAAAAACAGCAAGUUUGGUUAUGUUCCCCAUAGACUUCUUUGAGCAUUGCCAGAUAAUGAACGACGUUGAGUUUGGUGGCAACGACUUGCUGCAGAUAUACAACCCGCAGCAAAUAAAGCACCGCUUGAACACGACAGGGAUGUACGUGGCCUGUGCCAAGUCCACUGGCUUCAGCAUCGAGAUCACAAACCAGGACAGCUCCAUGGUGAUGACGGCCUUGCGUGUCCUGCUGGGAACGCAAGACUCCCAGAGAGCACCGUCUUACAUUGAGGUUUUUGGCCGAAGCGUUCAGACAAUAGUUGGUCGAAAUCGCUGGUUUGACCUACCGUUCACACGUGAGGAGAGCUUGCAGGCAGACAAGAAGAUUGUGGUCACGUUUGGAGUAUCGCAGGACCCGGAGAGUGUCACCAUGGUGGAUUCCAUUAAAGUGUACGGGAAGACAAAGGACCUGUUUGGCUGGCCGGAGGAAACUGAGGAAGGCUCUGUGGCGACGGCACAGCCUGGUGUGACCAGUUCUUCUGACGCAGAUGCUGCGUCAACUGUCACUGCACAGCUGUCUUCUCUCGACAGGAUGGUGUCGGGUGUGUUGGAGGUUUUGGACGGAUGCUUUACGUUGUUUGGAAACAAUUUGGAUGAAACAAAGACGUCCCAGAAAGUUGCAGCUAUUGAUUUGGCCAUGACGUUGCUAACACUGCCCACCCCAUCAUCAGUUCAGCUACACACAAAAUGCCUUCUGGCUGCUUUACACUCCACUCGCACAUCCUACCACAAUUACAAGGACCAGGCUGUGUUGAACUACAUUCAGUCAUCAUUAACAGCAUUCAGAAGUGUGUAUGAUGCCAAGGAUCUCGAUGCAGAAGCGUUCUACCGUCUGGUCUUGAUGGCUAGAAGUGUGGCUAUAUCACGCCCUUACAAUUUGGCCAAAUUUGUUGACAGUCAAGAUAGGUUUACACAUAUGGUGGAUGACAAAGUUGUGAUUGAUGAUACAGAAGAGAAACCAAAGGUUGACAGUGGCUCGCAACAUCUGAUGGUUCAGCUGAUGGAAGCAAUGUGGUUGUUGUAUCAAGCUCGGCCAAACAACCUGGCGCUAGCUCCGGUCUGUGUGCCAGGGCUGACCCACGUGGAGGCCACGGUCCACGCCAUGGUGGAGAUCAUCCACGCCUUCACGAUGUGCGACCUGGAAGGCACGGCGGCCCUCGCCGCCAAGCUCUACCUCCAGCUGCUGUUCUGCAGCGACACGGCGGUCAGCUUCAGCGCCAAGCAGGCCGUCAUCCGGGUGCUGCGCCCCAAGCACCGCCGGCGCCGCGUGCUGAUCCCUAGCCCGGCGCGGUGUGCGUCCCCGGGCCCUGCCCCGGCGGCCCCCGACCAGCGGUACAGCGGCGUGGAGAGCGUGGAGCCCAUCGUGCUGCUCGCCCCGGACGGCUCCAGCGGGGUGUCCGUCAAUGUCAACCCCAUCGAGGCGCUGCUCAGGGCGCAAGGGGCGUUCCACCCCCUGCUCGACAUUCCUCCUGACGCUGACGACGAGACCAUGGUCGAGCUGGCCAUAGCUCUGAGUCUGCAGGACCACGAGGGUGGCGCGGACCUGCAAGUGCUGCAGCAAGACCUGCAGCAGGGGUUGGCUAACCUGCAGGAGCUGCACAACCUCACUGGCCCUGCACUGCAGAGCCUGCAGGUGCUGGCCUCGCAGGGUCUGGCACAGGCCCAGGGUCCCGGCCAGGUGCAGGAGGCGGGCCACUUCUCCGACACCACUGCGUCCGCAGGCGGCUCCGACGACGAGGGCUCAACCGCCGCCACCGACGGCAGCACGCUGCGCACGUCGCCUGCCGAGCAGGUAACUAGGGGUGGGAGCGCGGGCUCGGAGAGUGGCGGCAGUGGAGUGGACAGCAUCACCGGGGAGCACAACGUGUCGGGGCGCAGCUCUGCGUACGGAGACAACAUGCAGGAGGCGCUGGUGGGGGCCCGCAGCGAGACCAGCUCUCUCGGAGCACCCAGCGGCUUCCAGCAGCAGGAUGCAGAAGGUUUGGAACCUGAGCCAGAACAUGACACGGAGAGCAGUUCAAAACUGCACGCUCUUAGACUGGCUAUCCUAGAGAGGCUGAUGGAGUACGUUCCUAAACUGAAGAAUGUGGGUGGCGUCAGAGCAAUAUCCUUCAUGCAGGUUGUUCUGAUGCUGACAUCUGAUCUCGACGGUGAUGAGGAGAAGGAUUGUGUGUGUCUGGAGAAAGUUUUGACGACAAUUGUUGGAGAACUGAAGAUGAAGGAACCUGAUGUGAGCAACAUCUGCGAGCGCACUAAACAGCGGGAGGUUCACCUGGUCAUAAUGAGGUUCCUAAGUGUGUUGAUGUCCCGUGCCAAAAUAUCAUCCAGGAGUAGCCAUGAUAAUUCCAGUUUUGUAUCACAAGCAACAGCAUCCAUGCUUCUUCAGGCUGGAGUGAUUGAAUACUGCCUUACAUUGCUGAAGGCUUUACUGCAGUAUUGGAAGAGCUCUAGCUCUGAAGAGAAUGGGACGGUAAUCGGAGGCUCCCUUCUGAAACCUCACCUGACUACCUCCCCGCCCGACAUGUCUCCGUUCUUCCUGCGCCAGUAUGUGAAGGGUCACGCCAGCGAUGUGUUUGAAGCUUACCCACAGCUACUGACAGAAAUGGCCCUGCGACUUCCGUAUCAGGUGCAGAAGCAGGCGGACAAUGGAAUGUCUGUAUCGUCAACAUUUGAACAGCCCUGGUAUUAUCACUUAUGUGAAUACAUGAUGACCCAGCAAACACCAUUUGUGCGUCGACAAGUGCGUAAACUGCUUCUGUUCAUUUGUGGCAACAAGGAGAAGUACAGGCAGUUGCGAGACCUUCAUGCCCUGGAAUCUCACAUGGAGUGUGUGCGUCAGUGCUGCCGUGCGAGCGGAGUGGAGACGCACCCCCACGGCGUGACGCUGCCCUACGACUCUCUGGUCGAGCUGAUCGAGCACCUGAAGGCGUGCGUGGAGGUGGCGUCGAGCCGCACGGGCAACUGGCAGCGCUUCUGCCUGCGAGAGGAGUCCGUGCUGCCGUUCCUGUACCGCGUCAGCUGCCACCUGGACGAGGGCGUCUCCUCCACCGUCCUCCAGCUGCUGCAGGCCGCCAUUUGUGGCACCAAGUCGCAGCCGGCCCAGUCGUCUUCGUCUACGUCGACCAGUGGGCAGCCUUCCGCGAGCGGGAGUCGCAAGGAGCGGGAGAAGUCGGACGACUCCGACAUGGAAGCCAAGUUCGAGGAGGCGCAGUGCGUGUUGCUUGUAUCCCAGAUAAACACCCACGUAAAGAAAGAGCUGCUUAUCAAGUUUGUCAGGACCUUCCUGCUGGAGACUAACGCCACGAGUGUGCGCUGGCAGGCGCAUGCCCUCGUCCUAGCCAUUUACAAGAACUCGCCUGUGACUCAGCAAGAAGCGUUGCUAGACCUGCUGUGGCACCUCUGGCCACAGCUUCCGGCAUAUGGCCGCAAGGCUGCCCAGUUUGUGGACUUGCUGGGAUACUUCUCGCUGAAGCGCAUAGAGGCCGGGAAGAAGAUGUCGGAGUACAUAGAGCAGGCGGUGGGGGUUCUGCGAGCCCAGAACCAUCUGCUGGCACACCAUCCCAACGCGACGCUCUACAACCAGCUGGGCCAGUUCGUGGAGAUGGACGGCUACUACCUGGAGUCCGAGCCCUGCCUCGUUUGCAACAACCCGGAGGUCCCCUUCACCAGCAUCAAGAUGAACUCCAUCAAGGUUGAGGGCAAGUUCACAACGACAACACAGAUUGUUAAGCUAGUCGGCAGUCAUACUAUCAGCAAGAUAACUGCACGCAUAGGGGACAUCAAAAGGACGAAAAUGGUGCGCACAAUUAACAUUUACUACAACAAUCGCUCGGUGCAGGCAGUUGUAGAGCUGAAGAAUAAACCAGCAAUGUGGCACAAAGCGAAGAAAGUAACCCUAGCAAGUGGUCAGACAGAAGUGAAGAUAGAGUUUCCAUUGCCGAUAGUAGCAUGCAACAUUAUGAUAGAAUACGCAGACUUCUACGAAAACAUUCAGGCAUCAUCGGAAACCCUACAGUGUCCAAGAUGCUCUGCAUCUGUGCCUGCAAACCCAGGCGUGUGUGCCAACUGCGGGGAGAAUGUGUUCCAGUGUCACAAGUGUCGUGCAAUAAAUUACGAUGAGAAGGAUCCAUUCCUCUGUCAUGCCUGUGGCUUCUGCAAGUAUGCAAAAUUUGACUACACUUUUGUGGCCAGACCAUGUUGUGCAGUGGAUCCUAUAGAACAUGAUGAUGACCGCAAGAAGACCGUUGCAACGAUAAACUCUCUGCUGGAAAAGGCUGAUCGUUGCUACAAACAACUGAUUGGCUACAAGCCCAAACUGGAGGUGCUGGUUGGUAAGAUAAGCGAGCAUCGUCUGGACCGAGGGGUGGAUGAGGUGGUGCAGUCUGGCAAUGCUCAGGUGAAUUGCGUUAUUCAGCUGCUUGCUCAGCGCUACUGUGGUGACUGUCGCAGCUCAUUUGAAGAGCUCAGCAAAAUAAUACAGCGCGUGCUCGCGUGCCGGCGGGAGCUGGUGGCCUACGACCGCAGCCAGAGGGACAGCGACGGCAGCGUCGUCGCCGCGGCGGCUCCCCCCUCCUCGACGAGCGCGCCGGAUGGGGGCCCCCCUUCCUCGCCGCCGGGGCGCUGCUACGGCUGCGCGGCUGCCGCCACGGAGCACUGCCUCACCCUGCUGCGGGCGCUGGCGGUGAACCAGGCGUCCCGGCGCGUGCUGUGCUCCCAGGGGCUCAUCGCCGAGCUGCUGGAGCACAACUUGCGCCGUGGCACCGCGCAGGUGCAAGGAGAUGUGCGACAGUUGCUGUGUAUUUUAACGAAAGACAACCCAAAGGCUGUGGAAGAUCUCAACUCUCUGCUGAUGUACCGCAUUGCCCUUUCCUUGCGUGGUCAUGUAGCCACCACUGAUCUGGCAUUCGCCGUUCGAUACGAGAUGACUCUUCUCUCUGAUCUUGUCCAGAAGGAAGAUUCCUGUUGGGAACAAAAGCUGAGGUGCGUGAUGCAACUGUUCCUGAUGGCGUGCAAAGACUGCAAGUCGCCCGUGGUGAUGCAGGCGGUGAUACUGCCCUGCCUCAACAUCAUCCACUCGCUGAUGAGGCCGGAGCCCCUGAAGACCGGCAAGCAGGACAAGGACAAGGACAAGGCUGCGGAGGUGGCGGCCACCGUGCGUCCCACGGAGGGCUUCCACGAGGCGGCCGUCAAGAAGUGGUUCCACGGGGACCCUGGCAUGUCUUACAAGGUGUGGCGGCAGCACAUGCCCACCAAGCUGGCCGAAGCUCCCGCCCCCAAGGCCCUGAAGAAAGAUGAAUCCAGGGCCAUGUACCUCAUGGAGAAAUAUGGCAAUCGGUGGAGAAUGAAGACCUUGCGUGGUAUCUCACCACUUCGACUGACUGAUCCUAUUUGGCUGAAACAAGUGUUGUUCAACCCUAGUUCACAUUUUGCUCGUCAGAUGGCCUGUAAAAUGGUUGAGAAUCUGUGCCAAGUUCCUGUUUGGAAGAAAGAACUGCUGGACCUGCUGACCAGCUUCCUGGGGGAGCUGGGCACGGCGGGGCUGAGCGCGGCAGAGUUCCUGGGGCUGUACCAGAGCCUGGUGCAGCCGGCGCCCUGGAAGCAGUACCUGGCGGUGCGCGGCGUGCUGCUGCACCUCGCCGACCUGCUCACCAGGGAGAUCCGGGAGCUGCACCGCCUGGAGGAGCUCACGCUCACCACCGACCUGGCGCAGGGCUACGCGCUCAAGAUGCUCACGGAGCUGCUGGCCUCCUUCCUGGACCAGGACGGCAUCAAGCAGCAGUUCAAGGGCAGGCUGGUGGGGGCCGUCCUCAACGGGUACCUGUCGCUGCGGCGCCUGGUGGUGCAGCGCACGCGCCUCGUCGACGAGACCCAGGAGAAGCUGCUGGACCUGCUGGAGGAGAUGACCACAGGAACGGAGGAAGAGACGAAAGCUUUCAUGGCGAUCUGUAUCGAGACGGUGCAGAAGUACAGUCUGCAGGACGUCAGGAGCCCUGUGUUCAUAUUCGAGAGGCUGUGCUCCAUUAUCUACCCUGAGGAGAACGAUGUUGGCGAGUUCUUCCUGACCCUGGAGAAGGAUCCGCAGCAGGAAGACUUUCUACAGGGCCGCAUGCUGGGUAACCCGUACAGCAGCAUGGAGCCGGGCCUGGGGCCUCUGAUGAGGGACGUGAAGAACAAGAUCUGCCAGGACUGCGAGCUGGUGGCUCUGCUGGAGGACGACACAGGCAUGGAGCUGCUCGUCAACAACAAGAUCAUCAGCCUGGACCUGCCCGUCAAGGAGGUGUACAAGAAGGUGUGGGUGGCGGAAGGCGGGGAGGGAGACGCGAUGCGAGUGGUGUACCGCAUGCGCGGGCUGCUGGGAGACGCCACCGAAGAGUUCGUGGAGACCUUGGAUGCCAAGUGCGAGCAGGAGGUGAACAACGAAGAGGUCUACAAGAUGGCCAACGUCAUGGCGGACUGCGGGGGCUUGCAGGUGAUGCUGGAGCGGCUGGCCGCCAUCGGGGACACCGGGCGCGCCAGGCCGCUGCUGCAGGUUCUGCUGAAGCUGUUCCGGCUGUGCGCCAAGGUGCAGCGCAACCAGGAGGUGCUGAUCAAGCCGGAGCUGGGGGCCGUCUCCGUGUUCCUGGGGGUGCUCCAGCUGUGCCUGGCGGACGAGACAGACAGCUCGCAGGGGGCCGUCACCGAGCAGCUGCUGGACAUUAUGGAAACAAUACUCUCAAAGGCAGCAGCUCAGUCCCUGGAUACUUUCCUGGACUUCUCGCAAACAUUCGGCGGCACAGAGCACAUACACGCAUUGCUGAGUUGCACGACGUCGCCUGGUGUUCGUGCCAAUGCCUCCGUCCUGCUGCACCUCACCAAGGUGUUGGCAGCCCUGACCUACGGCAACGAGGAAAAGAUGGCUGUACUGUGCGACCACUUCAAGCCCAUCACCUGCUUCAACAAGUUUGAUUUCGAGCAUACUCCAGAUGAUGAACAGAAGCUGGAACUGUUGUGCGUGCUAACCACUGCGAUUGAGAGGAAUGCUAUAGGCAACACCCUCAAGGACCAUAUCAUCUCGUUAGGUAUCGUUAGCCAAGCUCUCGAUUACAUUACGAUGCAUGCUCCCUGUGUAGAGCAGACCCUGUGCCGUGCAGACAGUGACGAAUGGAAGGAGUUCAUCACAAAGCCAGCCCUCAAGUAUGUUUUGCGCUUCCUUACCGGACUGGCGUCGGAACAUGAACCUACACAGCUGGCGGUGGCGGCGCAGUGCAUACCGGUGAUCCACCAGCUGGAGCAGGUGUCCUCGGACGAGCACGUGGGCUCGCUGGCGGAGAACCUGCUGGAGGCGCUGCGGGCCAACGCCCAGGUGGCGUCCCGCAUCGAGGAGGUGCGGGAGGAGACCCGGGCCACCAAGAAGAGGCUGGCCAUGGCCAUGCGCGAGAAGCAGCUCGGUGCCCUCGGCAUGAGGACCAACGAGAAGGGCCAGGUGACGGCCCGGAGCACCGUGCUGAUGGAGGACCUGGGGGAGGAGACGGGGCUGGUGUGCGUCAUCUGCCGCGAGGGCUACAAGUUCCAGCCGACCAAGGUGCUGGGCGUCUACACCUUCACCAAGCGCUGUAACGUGGAGGAGUUUGAGGCCAAGCCCAGGAAGACGGUCGGCUACAGCACCGUCACGCACUUCAACGUGGUGCACAUUGACUGCCACAUGGCUGCGGUCAGGCUGGCGCGCGUGCGGGACGAGUGGGAGUCGGCAGCCCUGCAGAACGCCAACACCAAGUGCAACGGCCUGCUGCCGUUGUGGGGGCCGCAGGUGCCGGAGUCUGCCUUCGCCAGCUGCCUGGCGCGGCACAACACCUACCUGCAGGAGUGCACCGGCCACAGGGACAUCAGUUAUGUGACGACAGUUCAUGAUCUGAAGCUGUUGCUCCUUCGGUUUGCGAUGGAGAAGAGCUUCCAUGACGACACGGGAGGAGGCGGGCCCCAGUCGAACAUGCACAUAAUUCCUUAUCUCAUACACAUGAUCCUCUACGUCAUCAACACGACCAGGUGUGGGCAGCGCGAGGACAAGAACCUGAGCUCGUACCUGGAGGCCAGCGCCGGGGACAAGUGGGUGGAGGGGGCCUACGAGGCGGAGGGACCCCUCUACUGGGCUGCCUUCUCCCUGGUGCUGCGCCCCCCGUCUGCCUGGGCGAGCACGCGCCUCACCCACCUGCGCAGGCUGCUGGCUGUGGCGCACUGCCGCCACUGCCAGCCGGCCGGCCCUGCCCCGCGCUCCCUGGACCCUGCCCCCCGCGACUACUCCGCCUACAAGGGCUACCUCGUGUUCUUCGGCCUCGUGGACGCCAUCUACAACUAUUACUUCAAGAAGGUGAGUGUAUCGAGUGAGGACCAGUGGCCCUCAACUCUGGCAGACUACAUACGUCACAACGAUGAAGCAUUGAUGAAAGCAUCUGAGAAACUGCUGGCUACUUACAGGACAGAGCUCCUGCCUUGCACGUCGUUUGAGGAGUUCUGCGACGUUGCAGGUUUAUUGAAUGAUAUUGAAGAUCCAGAUUCGUUCUUGAAAAGUGUUAUCAGAAGCCUGACUUGAUUGGAUAGUGUAUGUUUGUAGCGAGGUUUCAUGUGUGCUUGUGUGAAGAAAAAACAGAGCUCUAAAUUGGAAAGUUGUUAAAUAAUCAGAUAGCAAUUAAAUUUAUUUCUCACUCAAUGUUAUCACCUGGCUGUGGAAAUAGUGUUACAGUAUGCUUAAAUAACUGUUUGUGUUUCUUUUAUUCCUUUUUUUAACUUGAUAAUGUUUUCAAUUUGUAUUCAAUCAAUAUAUUUGAAUGCUGUUGUGUAAACUUUUAAACAAGUUAUUUAUUUGUGCUUUAAAUCUUUGUGUUGAACACAGAAAGUUGUGUAGCAUGUCAUGAAAAUAAAAUAAUGUAAAAGUAAUAA